CUACACUUAUAAUGGCGAACAAGAUCGUAUCUUUUGACUUUGGUAACGGCCUAACGGAUUUAUAUUUUACUUAGGGCCUGUAAAUCGUAGUUGGGCUUCAGGUUUUUAUGGACCCACUCGGCAGCCCAAUUCAGAAUUCUCCGCCAAAAUUGAAGCGAGGGAAAACUGAGAGCAGUUCACUAUUCAGUGCAGGAGAAAGCGAGGGAAAAAAGAAUAGAAGUGGAGAAGAAGAAGGAGCUGCGAAAAUGUACGGCGGAAGCGAAUUCGAUGGAGGCGCGGCGGCGUUCAUGGGCGGCGGAUUCAUGCCUUCGCAGGCCACUCAGCCUCACGAUUCCUUCGCAUCCUCUUCUUCCUCCAAGAAUCGAGAUUCCAAGGUCCUUUUGCCGCUUACUGUGAAGCAGAUGAGCGAGCUAGCAACUACUGAUGAGUCCAAUUUCACCAUUGAUGGUGUUGUUGUGAACACUGUUGUUGUGGUGGGGAGGGUGUGUCGGAAGGAAGACAAAGUGAGCGACUACACUCUUCUGGUCGAUGAUGGCACAGGAGUGAUGGAAUGCUGCAAAUGGAUUCAGGAACCUCUUGACACUGAAGAAGCCGAAGGAAUCUCAAUCGGAACUUAUGUCCGUGUACACGGACACUUGAGAGGCUUGCAGGGCAGAAGAUUCAUCAAUGUCUUCUCUAUUAGGCCAGUUACCGAUUUCAAUGAGGUGGUGAGUCACUUGAUCGAGUGCAUAUACGUCCACUUCUACAAUACCAAGAUGAAGGGAGUCGCUGCUCAGCCACCACCAUUGACAAAUUCCAUUCCACCAAGCAGCAGCAACUUCUCAAGGGGACUUCAGUCCGCCUCUCUAAAUCAGCCUACUGCCGCAUUUCAGGGUAGUGACAGGAUCAAUAACCUCCGGCAAAAGAUACUUGACGUCAUUCAUCAGCCUCAACAUCUAAAUAAUGAAGAGGGAGUGCACCGUGAGAUCAUUGCUCGUCAGCUUAACCUUCCAAUGGAUAUUAUCAAGGAAGCAAUUGAGGCUCUUGUUGUGGAAGGCGACAUGUACUCCACGAUCGAUGAUGACCACUUCAAAUCAGCCAUCAACGGUUAGACCUAUAAUUUGCUUUGCUCUCUUCUAGACGAUCGAUGAACAUAUAUGUUCUAGGGUUUAUGUGCUUUUACUAGGUUUUGAUAAUCAACAAUGUACAUAUUGCCAAGUCGGUCUAUAUUUAUGUAAAUCUAGCACUCUCUUAAGUCGAAUACUUGGUACGAAUCAACUCUCGUGUGGAUUGGUGGAUGAGUUGAUACGAAGUUCUUGUUAUGCUAAGCAAGAAGAAUUUCAUCUUAUUUCGAAUCAAAUUGAAUCGGUCACAAAAACUCAAUAUGCAUCUAAUCAAAAGCGUGAUUGAUU